GGUAUCGUGGACAUUUUACGAACACAGCAGGUUUGUUUCAAACUUUCAAUUUCCAAAGUUAAUUCAAACACACAUCACAUCGCCCAUCUCCUUCGUCGUCGUCUCCUCAUCGCUUCUCGCUGAAUCCAACUUCUCCAUAGUCUCCGAAAAAUGGAUGGGCAUGAUUCUGAGGAUUCUAAGCAGAGCACUGCUGAUAUGACUGCUUUUGUCCAGAAUCUUCUCCAGCAGAUGCAAAGCAGGUUCCAGACAAUGUCCGACUCCAUCAUUACUAAGAUCGAUGAUAUGGGAGGCAGAAUCAAUGAGCUGGAGCAGAGCAUCAAUGAUCUAAGAGCCGAGAUGGGAGUUGAAGGCACUCCUCCUCCUGCCUCCAAGUCAGGAGAUGAACCAAAACCACCGGCUGGUUCCACUUGAAAGAUUUUAAGUUCAUCUUCCUUUAUGGUUAUGAAAUUUGUUAAGAUUUGUGUUACUUUUUAAAAGACAAUGAAUAUGUUGUUGGAGUUCAUCAAAUAGAUUUGAUGAUGUGGUGGUACAUUACACUUACUCUGCAUUUAUGAUUUGCUUUCUAUUUUAGUUUUGAGAU